CACGUACAAAUAGCUUGGAAAUUUCCCAAGAUUAAUAUUGGCGAUAGCUGCACUGAAAGAGCUGGAGAGGAAGCCCGCGCCUCAGUGACGUUCAUUCUCCAUCAGGGAUCUUUGUUUUGCAUCGCUUCCCAAUUUGCAUUUGUUUCUCAGGUUUUCCAUACGCCGCCGAAAAGCCCCGAGAGCGCAAAGGCGCAUUCCUGAGCCAGCGUUCGUUCGCGUCUCCAGCAUUCCAGCGUUGGGAAAUUGGGAAUAAUCGGAGCGGGCGCGCAGUGAGCGAAGGAAAUUACAUGCAUUCGCGCCGCGUCCUCGACAUCCACUCGCGGAGACACGUGCGGUAGAGAGGUAAACAGCCCAUAGAUUCGCUCGACGAAUUUCAACUCGCGCCAUCGAUUCGACAGCACAUACAGUACAGCCGCUGUCAGUCCAUACAGCAUGUCGGAUGUAUUACCGUAUAACGAGGACAAAAUGACUCAUUAUGGCAACGACGGGGACGAGGAACACCUUUCCUUCACCUGCCGCCUCCAAGACACCAACAACUUUUUCGGUGGCAACCAGAAUAAACGACCACCGAAGCUCGGGCAGAUCGGGAGAAGCAAAAGAGUCAUUGAGGAAGACAACGAUGGCGAAGCACUGGACAAGAGCACAGAGAAGUCCUCGUCGGCGUGAGCGCACCCAAAGACUCUUAACCUCUCUGAUGUGUAUAUCCAAAGACGUUGUGAAGAGGCACUCUCUCCCAUCUGGCGACAAGCACUCCACGCAUUCUCCUCUCGAUCUCCCAAACUCCAUCGUCCAGGGUUUACAGCGGCGGACCGGCUGAAGCGGCGGUCCGGAAGAGCGGCCCAGGGGCUUGAAGGAAUACUGUGUUUUCCAAACUAUACUCCGAGAUAUGUGCAAUGACAGGGUCCGGUCUCCCGAAAGAGACCGGACUCUCCUUUCUUUAUUUUUUUGUUGGUUCUAAUGAAGCAAUUCGAUAAACUGAGCAAAUCAUACCAUUAACAUCAAACCAGUAUCUUCCCGCUUAACCCAGUAGCCUACUGGUGGUGUUAAUGGUAUACUAGCAAUGUCAAGCUUUUCUUCCAAAGCGGCCCCGCAAAGGGAUUCCGCUAUGUAUGUAAAAAAGAAAAACCGAGCUAUUUAUUAAAUCUUUGGAUACAUAUUUUGCAGUGUUGAAGGUUGAGCAACCGUUUUAUAUGGAAACGACGACGAGAAGUGACUUUUGCUUUGGAUAAAUGUUUUGUAUGUAGCUUAAACUGUGAUUCUCGUGAUCUGCUUCGUUUCAUUUCAUUCAUUCGAUGUUGGAUCUGGAAUGUCAGUUUUACGGACAGUAACCUUACUAUUGUAAAGCAUAUUUACUGUAGAUGUGCCAAAUUUAUCCUGACAGAAACAUAUAUCGCUGUGCAAGUGCACAGGUUUAUUAAUAUUCGGUGGUCAUGUUUACAGGGCUCUUUCAUACUACUUGUGAUGUAUUCUAGUCAUGCAUGACGAACCUCAAGACCUCAAGAACGUCUUCUUGAAUAUACUACGUAUUUAUCUCACAGAACAUUUCUACAGAGUAUCUGUUAUAAUAAAGAUUUUGAGAAACAGA